AUGAAUAUAACAACCGGAAUUUCAAAUAAUUCAACAAUUACAUUCUAUAAUCGUUCAAUAUCAAACAAAUCUUUUACUACUCGAACACCAAGUUUACAUAUAUGGAAAAAAUCAAAUUCAAUUGAAAUACUUAAAAAAUUAAUUGCACAUCGACAAGGUUCUUUAAAAAACAAUCGAACAUUAUUGAUAACAAACACUACACGGCGAGCAACAUCAACAUUGCCUUCGCCACUUCCUGUUCGAUUAAAAUCCACAUCAAAAACAAAAAAUAUAGCAUUAAAAUCUUCGUCCACGAAAUUUAUAGAUAAAAAAAUUCUUUAUAUGCCAGAUAAUUAUUUUUUAAACUCACCACCAUUACCAACAAUUGAUAUAAGCGCAUCUUCAAAUACUACUGUAAUAGCUAUUAUAUUUAUUUGCUGUUUGUGUAGUUUACUUCUUCUUUCAUUUAUUUUUACAUUUUUUCUAAGAGAACAUUUUCAUCAUACUUAUUUCAAAUUACCUUGUAUACAUUCAUUAUCAACAACAAAACAAUCUCGUGAGAGUACGCCAUUAUCCUAUUCAUCGAUUCAUAGUAAGCAUCAAAAGGAUUAG